AUGGCAGCUCAAAGGCCAGGAACGAGUGAAAUUCCAUCAGGUUCGCACGCAUUUCCCAUGACCGAGAUACCUAAUAACCAGGCAGCAGGGUUACCUGCAGCAGCAACGGCAAGAAAGUCGACUGAAGUUGCAUCGGGGUAUCAGGUCCCGAAUAAACAGGCUGCAUCGCUUGGAAUGGCCCCACCGCCGCCCAGGGGUGGAUCGAAUGUUGCUAGCACUUCAGGCACAAAAAAGAGGGGAAGGCCAAGGAAGUAUGGCUCCGACGGGACAGUGCCAGCGGCAAAGAGAUCAUACUCGCCAAGAGUGCCGACUUCAUCACUUGCCCCAUCAGAGCACAAUCAGGAUAAGACACCAACAUCCGAACCAAUUGGGAGGAACUGGAGUUCAGUCAUUACUCAAUGCAACAGUUUUAUGCCCCAUAUGAUCACUAUCAGUCCUGAUGAGGAUGUUGCAUGGAAGAUUGCAGAAGCUGCUCAACAAAGACGUCGAGGCAUUGUCAUUAUGUCUGCAAAUGGAAUGCUCAAAAAAGUUGCAGUGAUUGAUCCGGCUCAUGACGACGGUGUCGUAAGACACGAGGGUCAAUUUAAAAUAAUUCAAAUGUCUGGGACGUUUAUGAUACAUGACAAGGAAGGAACUAGGCGUGGUGCCAUGACUGUUCAUUUGGCAGAUUUUGAUGGUCGUGUUUUACUGGGAGCUGUAGGAGGAGCUCUGAUAGCUGCCACUCCUGUGCAGGUCUUCAUAGGGAGCUUCACCGCAGGACCGCAAAAAAUAACACCAAAGGCUGAGAAGCCCGACCAAGAACCAAAUGUGGAGGAGCCCGGGGCAGAACCAAACGUGAAGACGCCCGAGCCAGAACCAAAUGUUGAGACGCCCAGGCCAGAACCAAAUGUGGAGACGCUCGGGCUUGAACCAAAUAUUGGGACGCCCAUGCCAGAGCCAAAUGUAGGGCCAAACGUUGAGAUGCCCAGGCCAGAACCAAAUGCUGGCGUCGCACCUUUUGAAGAUAACCAACUUUUUUAUCCUCCAAAUCCAAACUUCGGAUAUUCCUUACCUUCCCAAGGAGAAGAUUCGGGACAGUGGUGGAAUAAUCCAUUCGACUCGCUAGACGAUCUCAAUGUUUCCGAUUUUCAGUAG